AUGGCAGAUCCCCAGCGGGACCGUGGCAGAUCCCCAGCGGGACCGGCGUGGUGGCAGAUCCCCAGCGGGACCGGCGUGGUGGCAGAUCCCCAGCGGGACCGGCGUCGUCAUGGCAGAUCCCCAGCAGGACCGGCGUGCUACAGCCUCCUGCUUUAUGGACACUUGGUUGGUGUCCAGUGUGAUAAUGGUCAGGAGACCUGCCGGAACAGCAGCAUGGGGCCGCCUCCAGACCUGGCUGAGAUGGAGCUGGCAGACUCGUGCCCAGAUCAGUCCCAGACUGUGAUCCCGUUUCCGAGCGGCCGGGAUCAGGUCGGAGGCACUGUCCUCGCCUCUCGGUACUCGCCCCGACCCCGACCCCGAGCCCGAGCCCCGACCCCGAGCCCCGACCCCGAGCCCCGACCCAGAGCCCCGACCCAGAGCCCCGAGCCCCGAGCCCGAGCUCCGAGCCCCGACCCCGAGCCCCGAGCCCCGAGCCCGACCCCGACCCCGAGCCCCGACCCAGAGCCCCGACCCCGAGCCCCGAGCCCCGACCCCGAGCCCCGACCCCGAGCCCCGACCCCGACCCCGAGCCCCGACCCCGAUCCCGAGUCCCGACCCCGAGCCCAGAGCCCGACCCCGAGCCCAGAGCCCGACCCCGACCCAGAGCCCCGACCCCGACCCAGAGCCCCGACUCCGAGCCCCGACCCCGAGCCCCGACCCCGAGCCCCGACCCCGAGCCCCGACCCCGAGCCCCGACUCCGAGCCCCGACCCUGAGCCCCGACCCCGAGCCCCGACCCCGAUCCCGAGUCCCGACCCCGAGCCCAGAGCCCGACCCCGAGCCCAGAGCCCGACCCCGACCCAGAGCCCCGACCCCGACCCAGAGCCCCGACUCCGAGCCCCGACCCCGACCCCGACCCCGAGCCCCGAGCCCCGACCCCGAGCCCCGAGCCCCGAGCCCCGACCCCGAGCCCGAGCCCCGACCCCGAGCCCCGACCCCGAGCCCCGACCCCGAGCCCCGAGCCCCGACACCGAGCCCCGACCCCCGACCCCGAGCCCCGAGCCCCGAGCCCCGAGCCCCGAGCCUGAGCCCGAGCCCGACCCCCCGAGCCCCGAGCCCCGACCCCGAGCCCGACCCCGAAGCCCCGACCCCGAGCCCCGAGCCCGACCCUGAGCCCCGACCCCGACCCCGAGCCCUGACCCCGAGCCCCGAGCCCCGAGCCCGAGCCCGCCCCAAGCCCCGAGCCCCGAGCCCCGAGCCCCGAGCCCCGACCCCGAGCCCCGACCCAGAGCCCCGACCCCGAGCCCCGAGCCCGACCCCGAGCCCCGACCCCGACCCCGAGCCCCGACCCCGACCCCAAGCCCCGACCCCGAGCCCCGACCCCGAGCCCGACCCCGAGCCCGAGCCCGAGCCCCGAGCCCGAGCCCCGAGCCCUGAGCCCCGACCCCGAGCCCGCCCCGAGCCCCGACCCCGAGCCCGACCCCGACCCCGACCCCGAGCCCGAGCCCGAGCCCCGACCCCCGAACCCCGACCCCGACCCCGACCCCGACCCCGACCCCGAGCCCCGACCCCGAGCCCGAGCCCCGAGCCCGACCCCGAGCCCGAGCCCCGAUCCCCGACCCCGAUCCUGCCCCGACCCCGACCCCGACCCCGAGCCCCGACCCCGAGCCCCGACCCCGAGCCUGCCCCGAGCCCGAGCCCCGGAGCCCCGACCCUGAGCCCGAGCCCCGAGCCCGAGCCCCGACCCCGACCCCGAGCCCCGACCCCGAGCCCUGAGCCCCGAGCCCCGACCCUGAGCCCCGACCCCGAGCCCCGAGCCCCGACCCCGAGCCCCGAGCCCCGACCCCGAGCCCUGAGCCCCGAGCCCCGAGCCCCGACCCCGAGCCCCGACCCCGAGCCCCGACCCCGAGCCCCGAGCCCCCACCCCGAGCCCCGAGCCCCGAGCCCGACCCCGACCUCGAGCCCCGAGCCCCCACCCCGAGCCCUGAGCCCCGAGCCCGAGCCCCGACCCCGAGCCCCGAGCCCCGAGCCCGACCCCGACCCCGAGCCCCGACCCCGAGCCCGGAGCCCCGAGCCCGAGCCCCGACCCCGACCCAGAGCCUCGACCCCGAGCCCCGAGCCCGACCCUGAGCCCCGACCCCGACCCCGAGCCCCGACCCUGACCCCGAGCCCCGAGCCCGAGCCCGCCCCAAGCCCCAAGCCCCGAGCCCCGAGCCCCGAGCCCCGACCCCGAGCCCCGACCCAGAGCCCCGACCCCGAGCCCCGAUCCCGACCCUGA